AUGUCUCUGGUUUGCUCUUCAUCUUGUGUAGCUCCCUUGCCACAGACUAAACGGUCACGUCCAAGUUUUCUGAAACUCAAAACAUGUACCUUAAGUCUACCUUCUUCUAUCGGCUACCCUAAUAUUGCCACUGGUAUUGGGAAGCACAUCGAUUACUUGUUGCAUAAGCUUCGUAGGCUAGAAAAGAGUCGGAUAUUAGUUAGUCAGCAGGAAUCUUUUACAGAGAGCAGCACAAUAGAUAUUGAUUGGGAGGAUCGGGAGGAAAUCGAGGAUACCGGGUCACCUUGGGAAGGUUCGGUUAUGUAUAGGAGAAAUGCUUCAGUCACACAUGUCGAAUAUUGCACUACCUUAGAGAGGCUUGGGUUGGGAAGAUUGUCCACGGAGGUCUCGAAGUCGAGAGCUUCCUCAAUGGGACUAAGAGUGACAAAAGAUGUAAAGGAUUACCCGGACGGGACACCAGUUCAAGUUUCGGUCGAUGUUAUAAGGAAGAAGAAGAAGCUGAGACUUGAUGGGAUUGUCAGGACUGUUAUCACACUUGGCUGCAACAGAUGUGGUGAGCCAGCAGGUCAGAGUAUCUUCUCCAACUUCUCGCUAUUACUAACCGAAGAACCAGUUGAAGAACCCGAUGUCAUUGAUUUCACAUUCGACUGGGAGGAUAAGCUCCAUUUUCCGCCUGAGGUGAAAGAAGUAGACAUAUCAAAGCAUAUAAGAGACUUAGUCCAUUUAGAGAUCACCAUCACUGCAAUAUGCGAUUCUGCUUGUAAGGGAAUGUGCUUGAAGUGCGGUGCGAAUCUGAAUAAGAGGAAAUGUGACUGUGACAAAGAAGAAAAGGAUAAAGGAUAUGGCCCUCUCGGAAACCUGAGAAAGCAAAUGCAACAAAAAGAGGGUCUGAGGAACUAA